AUGAAUAAAGACAUGGGCAUCACGGUUGCUGGAAUUACGGGACUUACUGGUACUGCUGCUGAUCGUUUAAAUAAUCCGUUUAGUUUGGCAAUCGAUUAUGAUAAUACACUUUAUAUUACUGAUUACGGAUGUCAUAGGGUUCAAUCCUGGCUUAGAGGAGCAUCGAACGGAUCAACUAUUGCCGGACAAAAAAAUUGUACGGCAGGUGGAAGUUUAAAUCAGUUUAACCUACCUACUGGUAUUAUCGUUGAUUCAAAUAGUAAUCUGUACAUAGCAGAUUCUCAGAAUUCACGAAUUCUUUUUUGGCCUAGAAAUGGUACUUCAGGAAGAAUAGUCGCUGGCAACGGUACUGCUGGUACUACAAACAAUGCAUUGAGUUUAACAUAUGGGAUUUCACGAGACUCGAAUUCGGAUACACUUUAUGUAGCAGAUUAUUACAAUCACAGGAUAAUGAGCUACAUGUCAAAUGCAACUUUUGGAACUGUGGUUGCUGGCGGAAAUGGUGGUGGAACAAAUUAUACACAAUUAUAUUAUCCUACAAGUAUUUAUUUCGAAGCAUUAUCGAAUAGUCUAAUCAUUGAUAAUUAUGCAGCGAACAAUAUUGUUCGAUGGACAAUAGGUGAUAGUAAGUGGACGUUGCUUGCUGGUAGUAUUAAUUCAUCACCUGGUACUACGUCUACACUUCUUAAUUCUCCUGUUGGUAUAACGUUAGAUCCAAUGGGAAAUAUGUAUGUUGCAGAUGCGGGAAAUCAUAGAAUUCAAUUCUAUCCAUCAAAUCAAUCGAUUGCUUCAACCAUUGCCGGUGUUACAAAUUCACAAGGUUCCAAUGCUACUCAUCUGUCUGCUCCAUAUGGUUUAGCAUUGGAUAGUCAACUUAAUUUAUAUGUAGCUGAUACCAGUAACAACCGCAUUCAAAAAUUUGUACGCUAUUAA